AUGGCUGCGGAUGCUGCGGAUGCUCUCCUCCGCAUCCUGCAUCCGCGCCGCCUCUCCAUCUUCCUCCUUGCCGUGUCCACCCUGUCCUCCGCGCCGGCCCCGGCGCAGGCGCUGCUCGGCGUCCGGCCGGAGGACACGCAGGUCGGAGCGCUGUCCGUGCAGGACGGGAUGCUGAGGGCGACCGAGGGCACCCGCUUCAUGCUGAGGGUUUACUACUCCGCAGCCUCCGCGGAGCAUCCCAACAGCCUGCACGCCACCGGCAGACCCGACAGCGCGCCGGCCGCUCCGUGGAUCGCGUUCAUCGAGGAGCCGGGCGGGGACAGCAGCGCGGACCCGGAGGAGAAGCUGAGCCCCGGAGGGAACCCGUGUGAGGAGGAGAGUGCCCGGAGCUCGGAUAUCGAGCUGCUGGGUUCCUUCAGAUCCACAUCGAGUCACAACUCAGUGCUGGUGGAGCUGCUCGCUAAAGACCUGCGCAGAGGCGAGGUGAUCAAAUACUACUCCAUGUGCGCCUUCGAUGGAGUGAGGUGGGAACACUACAGGACCAGAGACUUCUGGUUGGCGGUGGUGGAGAGACCUCCAGAUGCAGAUGUGUGGCUCCAGGCGGGCGUGUCGGUGCUCCUCUUGGCGCUGUCGGCUCUCUGCAGCGGGCUGAACAUCAGCAUGCUGGCCCUGGACCCCGUGGAGCUGCGGGUCCUGCAGAACAGUGGCACGGAGAAGGAGCAGAAGUACGCGCGGAAAAUCGAGUCAGUGCGUAAACAUGGUAACUACAUCCUGUGCACUGUGGUGCUGGGCAACGUGCUCACCAACACCUGCUUUGUGGUGUGGAUGUGCCAGAUUUUAGGAAUGACUGUUCUCUCAACUACCUGCUGCACUUUGGGGAUCUUCUUCAUCGGUGAGAUUUUACCUCACUCCUUAGCGUCCAGGCACAGCCUCGCCAUCGCCUCCAAGACCCUGUGCGCGACCCGCCUGCUGAUGCUGCUGUUCUUCCCCAUCGCCUACCCGGUCUCCAAGCUCCUGGACUUCAUGCUGCACCAAGAGAUCAGCAGCUUCUACACCAGGGAGAAGCUGGUGGCCAUGCUGCGCGUCACGGACCCGUACCACGACCUGGUCAAGGAGGAGCUCAACAUCAUCCAGGGCGCGCUGGAGCUGAGGACCAAGACGGUGGAGGACGUGCUGACGCCGCUGUCCGACUGCUACAUGCUGUCCUCGGACUCCGUGCUGGACUUCUGCACCAUGUCGGACGUGAUGCAGAGCGGCUUCACGCGGAUCCCGGUCUACGAGAACGACAGGUCCAACAUCGUGGACAUCCUGUUCGUGAAGGACUUGGCCUUCGUGGACCCCGACGACUGCACCCCUCUGAAGACCAUCAACCAGUUCUACAAGCACCCCAUGCACUGCGUGUUCAACGACACCAAGCUGGAUGUGAUGCUGGAGGAAUUCAAAAGAGGUAAAUCCCACCUGGCCGUGGUGCAGAGGGUGAACAGCGAGGGCGAGGGAGACCCCUUCUACGAGAUGAUUGGCAUCGUCACGCUGGAGGACGUCAUCGAGGAGAUCAUCAAGUCUGAGAUCGUGGACGAGACGGACCUGUACACUGAUAAUCGGAACAAAAGACGAGUGUCCACCCAGGAGAGGAAACCACAGGAUUUCUCCAUCUUUAAACUGGGAGAAAAUGAGCUGAAGGUGAAGGUCUCGCCGCAGCUGCUGCUCGCAACCCACCGCUUCUUGGCCACAGAGGUGGAGCCCUUCAGGCCGUGUCACCUGUCAGAGAAGAUCUUGCUGCGUCUCAUUAAACAUCCCAGCAUUGUGCAGGAGCUCAAGUUCAACCCCAAGAACAAGCACGCUCCUCAACACUACCUCUUCCAGAGAAACAAACCCGUCGACUACUUCGUCCUCAUCCUGCAGGGGCGGGUGGAGGUGGAGAUCGGAACGGAAGCUCUCCGCUUUGAAAAUGGAGUUUUUUCAUAUUACGGCAUGCCAGCACUCAUCCCACUGCCUCUCGGUCACAGGUACAGUGGUCUGAACCAAUCAGAUUCAUUAUUGAGUGGGAGCAGCUUGGGUCAGCUCACUACAGGAGGAGGGAUCUAUUUACCAGACUACUCCGUUCGACAGCUCACGGACCUGCAGAUCAUCAAGAUCACCAGGAACCACUACCAGAACGCCCUGAUGGCCUCCAGGAUGGACCGCUCCCCUCAGACACCGGACCCAUUGGAUCCUGAUGCCAAAGGGAGGCCCUCGGGCCCAGAGGUCCGCUCGCACAGCAUCGCCCUCCCCCUCACAAACACACACACUCGGAUGGGGCUGGCUCGCCUUGCACAUCUCCACCCCCCCGGCACCCUGUGCAACACGUCCCGGCUCAAUGAGAGAAACCGUAUCGUGCGCAGUAAAUCUGAUGGGCAGAGGAGUCCCAACGAUUCCGUGUUCCUCCGCAUGGAUGAGAUUCCCUACAUUCACGAGGACAGACCAGAAAGUUAUGUAGAGGAUGAUGUGCCUGCGGAGUCUCAGCCGUCCACCUCUCCUCUCAUCAGCUCUGUGUCUCUGUCCAGCUCCGAGGAGACGAUCGGAAAGAAACUCUUGCGUAAACUCAGUAACAAAAGGAGGAAAAAGUCUCGGGAAGGAGAUUACAGUUUGGAGGAGGGCUUGGAGAGACCACCGGUGACGAGCUAG